ACAUUUUCUGUUAGAUCCGCUUGUACAAUUGAUAUACUACUCAAAACACUUCUGCGCAAGUGCAAGCUAUAAGUUUGACUCGUCAAGACAACGUGCAAAUUGAGCUGCACUCUAACGGUUCGACAUGGCGCAGUACAACUUCAACGAGAUAAAGGUCGUCGACGACUCUAUCGACGACAUGGACGUAAUAAAGGCCAUAACUGACACGGUAUUUCAAGAAAAGCCUUUCUACAUCGCGAAUAUCGGUAAAAUGAUCCAGAAACACGACGAGUGGACCAUCAAGAUGCCCAGGGUCGACCCGCAUUUCGCGGUUAAAAGCAAUCCGGAUCUAACGGUGAUUAAAGUUCUGGCAGCUUUAGACGUUUGUUUCGACUGCGCAUCCAAGCAAGAGAUAAAGCUAGUGAUGCAGUAUGGGGUACACGGCGAUCGGAUCAUCUUCGCACAUCCGACCAAGUAUCCGUCUCAUAUAACCUAUGCGAAGAAAGUGGGCGUCAAGCAGAUGACAGUGGACAAUGAAGCCGAGCUGUUCAAGAUCAAGGAUCUCUUUCCGGAGGCCAAAGUCGUCAUACGCAUACGCUGCGAUUCGAAAAACACGUUGACUGUGUUGGGUUUGAAAUUCGGCUGCGAGUCGAACGAGGCUGUGCGCUUGAUACAUCUCACGAAGGACCUCGGUCUGAAUUUGCACGGCUUCAGCUUUCACGUUGGCUCCCCGUGCAACGAGCCGGAGGCUUAUGGCCGAGGGAUCGAGAUGUGCAAACAGUUAAUUACUGUCUCCAAAAGCAUCGGCUGCGACAACGUGCAGCUGAUCGACAUUGGAGGUGGAUUUCCGGGCGAAAGCGAGAAGAAUUUCGACCAGGUUGCGAACAUUGUUAACGAGGCGAUACAGGACCUCGAUCCAGCCAUAAGAGUUAUCAGUGAGCCGGGAAGAUACUACGUGUCUUCCAGCUUUACUCUGGCCUCGAAUCUGCACUCCAAGCGGAUCGUUUCGAAAGACGAUAAAACGACGAGAAUGUACUACAUGAACUGCGGAGUGUUCAAUUCCUUCAUGGAGAAUCUGAUGGGUUUGCAUAUAAGAGUACCGCGAUUACUGUCCGAGCCAACGAACGACGAGAAAUUCUGCUCGAGCCUGUGGGGUCCGAGCGCCGACUCGUACGAUAUAAUUGUAAAGGACGUGCUGCUGCCGGAACUUCACAUCGGUGACUGGUUAGUCUGGAAGGACAUGGGCGCCUACACCACAGCCUUAACGACUACGUUCAACGGAUUUCCGGUGCCGACUGUGAUCCCGAUCAUUAAGAAAAGUCAAUGGAAGAAUUUUAAAGCGCGAAUUAAUUUGGAGCGGAAGGCCUCUCUUGUUCCAUGGAAAUCCAUCGAACUAUGCGACGAAAUGGAGCAGAUCGAAUAUUUUUCACAAAGUUCAUAAACUUAUCGAAAAAUGAAAUAAAAUAUACUGUGAAUUUGCAUGAAUUAAGCUUUAUGAUGUUUGUAUG